AUGGCAGAUGGUACCUACAGGUUCCAGCAGCCUGGGGCCGGGCAGUUCUUCUUUCAAACGCAAGCACAACAGCACUCUCACCAACGACACAUCGCACGGAACGGGACGAAUUCACCCACUGGAAGACUGAAGUUCAACCACGAUACUCCCUCACCUUCCCGAUCUCCUCCUCUCAGUCAGGCCGCGGCUCUCAAUCCAUUCAACAUGUACAGCCAAACUCAUCAAGGGCAGCAUGUCAUGAUGAAUGGCGGCCAAGCCCAUCAACGGUUUGGCAUGCAGAUCCCCAAGUUUCAGUCGCAGAGUCAUCACCCGCACCAUACGCAGCAACAUCAUCACACGCAUCACAAUCAAGCUUCACACAACAUCAACCACCAACACAACUUCUCGAGCGGGGCAUUGGCUUCCGCGACUCCCCACUUUACCCCGAGCCACAUACAAAAUGGGGCUCACACUAAUGUUGACGAAGAUAUUGACGAAUCGAUGAAUGAGCACUGGCAGCAACAACUUCAGUUGGCCGCGGAAUCACGGCAGGCCAGCUCUCCCCACUAUCAUGCCCGGUCUGUCGCGCAACAAGCUAAGGGCAUCCAGAUUGCCCCUAGCCAACCGGAGACACAAGAACAAGUCCCCGACGGGCAGAACGGGGUGGUCAAGGCCAAGACAUCUUCACGGCAGGGUUGGCACGCCUUGGAUUUCGGCGGACAGGGACUGCGCGCGCUGUCCACGUCUCUAUUCAACUAUGUUUUCCUGGAGAAAUUGUAUUUGAAUCAUAACAAGCUGAAAGCCCUCCCACCGACCAUCGGGCAACUUCGAAAAUUAAAUCACCUGGACCUGUCAGGCAACGACCUCACCGAGCUUCCAGAGGAGAUCGGCAUGCUCACGAAUCUGAAGAAGCUCUACCUGUUCGACAACAAUAUCCGCACACUUCCUUACGAGAUGGGCUACCUUUACAGGCUGGAAACACUCGGUGUUGAGGGCAACCCUCUGAAUGAUGUCUUGAAGUCCCACAUCAUGAAAGAGGGUACCAAAGCUUUGAUCAAAUAUCUCAAGGAAGAGAUGCCAGUUCACCUCCCACCCCCGGACCGGGACUGGAUUGUCCUCGACGAAACCGCCAGCUCCUCGAACCAUCGUACUGACAAAGUUACUGUCUUGUCAUACAACACACUCUGUGAUUCCUCCGCGACUCAGUCACACUACGGCUACGCUCCAGCUCGCGUUCUAUCCUGGGAGUUUAGAAGGGAGCUCAUCUUGAACGAGCUCAGGUCUCACGAUUCGGAUAUCAUUUGUCUUCAGGAAAUCGACCAAGGAAGCUAUAAUGAAUAUUUCCGAGAACAGCUGGCUUACAAUGAUUACAAGGGUGUUUACUGGCCACGAGGAAGGGCUAUGGGGAUGCAGGAGGAGGACGCCAAAUGUGUGGAUGGAUGUGCCACCUUCUUUAAGGGCAGCAAGUUCAUCCUUCUCGACAAACAGCUGAUCAAUUUUGGCCAGACAGCCGUGAGGCGCCCAGAUGCAAAAGGUCAAGACGACAUCUAUAACCGACUAUGGCAGAAGGAUCAUAUUGCAGUUGUCGUAUUUCUUGAAAACAGGCAAACCGGCUCGCGUUUCAUUGUCGUGAAUGCCCACCUCUACUGGGACCCAGCGUUCAAGGAUGUGAAACUGAUACAGACGGCUAUUCUGAUGGAAGAACUCACCAAGCUGUCGGAUACGUAUGCCAAAUGGCCCGCGUGCACCGACAAGGCGGCUUUCCGAUUCUCCAAAGAGGAGGGACAGUCAGAAACGCCACCCCUGGAGGAACCGGCGCCAUCUGUGCAGUAUGCCAGUGGCGAACAGAUCCCUCUCCUGAUGUGUGGAGAUUUGAACUCGUCUCCGGGGUCCGCAGCAUACAAUCUGAUUGCGCAUGGUCGGCUGGAUGAGGAGCACCCGGAUUUGGAGAAGCGUCUUUACGGCAAUCUCAGCAAAGUCGGUAUGACACAUCCCUUCAAGCUGAAGUCCGCAUAUGGAGCUAUUGGCGAACUUCCCUUCACGAACUACACGCCAGACUUCAAAGAUAUCCUUGACUAUAUCUGGUAUUCUUCAAACUCGCUUCAUGUUUCGGCGUUACUCGGAGAGGUGGACAAGGACUAUCUACAGAGGGUGCCCGGAUUCCCCAAUUAUCAUUUUCCAAGUGAUCAUAUCGCAUUGCUGGCGGAGUUUACAGUUAAAGGGAAAAAGGGUAAGGUUGUGGAGGCGGACUUUGGGCCGCAACGGAAUUGA